AUGUCGCCGGCAAAGAAAGUGGCCAUUAAGGCAGCAGCAACAAGAGAAGGUCAAAAGGGUCAAGCAGGACUCUAUCAUAUCAGGAAAUUCUAUACAAAUCGCGAAUCGAGCGACAAUGAAGUAAAGAGCUCACAAAUGCUAGAGUUCGCUGUUGCACGAGGUGAUGGCUCUCCCGAGACAUUCCUGAUGAACCAUCUGCGCUUUCCGAAACGAAAUUUCAAGCUGUUGACUGGAAGUACAUCUACGCUCCGAUGCAUUGUGCUGGCAUUCUACAACCAACUAUCAGAAGAGAUCCAAGUAUUGCUUGAUGACUUGGACAUUACUGCGUCCAAAGUCUUGCUCCUACAUCAACUUGGCCAUGAAGACAUAUGUUCCUGGAUUGAGACUUCCAUGGCAUUAUAUCCGGGAGUCUAA